UAAUCGGUGGGCAGAUUAUGGUGCGACAGGAGGAGAGUGAGGCGGUUAGAGCUGCUAGCUGAAACUGUCUCCGGCUAUAAGGCGAACUGACAGGAAAAGCUGCCUUAGUUGGUCCAGAGGCUUGAAUCCUUCACUCCAAAGAGGUGUAACGUUUAUUCACAAGGUCCUCUGCUGUCCGACGAUACGAUGUCUGCGAAAGCCAUAUCAGAGCAGACGGGGAAGGAGUUCCUGUACAAAUACAUUUCCACAUCAGCUCCUGUUCAGAACAGUUUACGCUAUGCUAACGUAACCCCAGAGACCGACUGGGCCCGUCUCACACAGGAACACCCAUGGCUGCUGACUGAGCGGCUGGUGGUGAAGCCGGAUCAGCUGAUUAAACGGCGUGGGAAGCUGGGACUGGUGGGCAUCAACCUGGACCUCCAGGGAGUCAAAGAAUGGCUGAAAGGUCACCUUAUGAAAGAAACCACAGUGGGAAGGGCAAAAGGUGUGUUGAGGAACUUCCUUAUUGAGCCAUUUGUUCCACACGCACAGGAUGAAGAGUUUUAUGUGUGCAUCUACGCCACACGUGAGGGUGACCAGGUACUUUUCCACCACGAAGGUGGAGUGGAGGUGGGUGAUGUGGACUCCAAGGCCCAGAAGCUGAUGGUUGCCGUGAACGACAAACUGAGUGACGCCCAAGUCAAAGAGCAGCUCCUCACACACGUUCCUGAUGAGAAGAAGGAGGUCUUAGCCAAUUUUAUUGUGGGGCUCUUCAACUUGUAUGAGGACCUCUACUUCACCUACCUGGAGAUCAACCCACUUGUGCUUACGAAGGAUGGAGUGUACAUCCUCGACAUGGCAGCCAAGAUUGACGCUACAGCAGAUUUUAUCUGCAAGGCCAAGUGGGGUGAUGUGGAAUUUCCUCCACCGUUUGGCAGAGAGGCUUAUCCAGAGGAAGCCUACAUCGCAGAUCUGGAUGCAAAGAGUGGUGCUAGUCUGAAGCUGACCCUGCUGAACCCACAAGGCAGGAUCUGGACUAUGGUGGCUGGAGGAGGUGCCUCAGUGGUCUACAGCGACACAAUCUGUGACCUGGGGGGUGUGGAUGAGCUGGCAAACUAUGGAGAGUAUUCUGGUGCACCGAGUGAACAGCAGACCUACGAUUACGCAAAAACUAUCCUGUCUCUAAUGACGCGUGAGAAACAUCCUCAAGGAAAAGUGCUGAUCAUAGGAGGAAGUAUUGCAAACUUCACCAACGUAGCAGCUACCUUCAAGGGCAUCGUCAGGGCCAUUAAAGAUUACCAAGGUCCUCUAAAGGAGCAUGAGGUCACCAUAUUUGUGCGGCGAGGUGGACCCAACUAUCAGGAAGGCCUGAGGGUGAUGGGGGAAGUAGGAAAAACAACAGGCAUUCCUAUUUAUGUGUUUGGAACUGAGACCCACAUGACGGCCAUCGUUGGUAUGGCGUUGGGCCACCGAGAAAUCCCCAAUCUGCCUCCAGUGGCCGCCCACACUGCCAACUUUCUCCUCAAUGCCAGCAACAGUGCAGCGACUCCAGCUUCAACUAGAACGGCUUCGUUCUCUGAACCUAAAACUACAAAUGACGUCAUCCCGCCUAAGAAGUCAAAAGCAGGUCUUCCACCAGAGUCUCUUCAUUCUUUACUUUGGCCUCUGAAGAAUGUGGUCACAGGUGAUUGGAAAGAAGCUCAAGCUUCUUCGUGCAGCAGUGGAGCCAAAGCAACCACACUGUUCAGCAAACACACCAAGGCCAUCGUCUGGGGAAUGCAGACACGUGCCGUGCAGGGCAUGCUGGAUUUUGACUACGUGUGCUCGCGAGACCAACCCUCUGUGGCGGCCAUUGUGUACCCUUUUACUGGAGAUCAUAAGCAGAAGUUCUAUUGGGGCCACAAAGAGAUCCUGCUGCCCGUCUACAAGAACAUGGCUGAUGCCAUGAAAAAGCACCCCGAGGUCGACGUCAUGAUCAGCUUCGCUUCACUGCGUUCAGCUUACGACAGCACACUGGAGGCCAUGCAGUACCCACAGGUUCAUACCAUUGCCAUCAUAGCCGAGGGCAUCCCAGAGGCUCAGACCAGGAAGCUGAUAAAGAUUGCCGAUGAGAAAGGCGUCACCAUCAUCGGACCUGCAACGGUUGGAGGGAUCAAGCCAGGUUGUUUUAAGAUUGGUAACACAGGCGGCAUGCUAGACAACAUCCUGGCGUCCAAACUGUACCGUCCAGGCAGCGUGGCGUAUGUGUCGCGAUCUGGAGGCAUGUCCAACGAACUAAACAACAUCAUCUCCCGCACCACUGAUGGCGUCUAUGAAGGUGUAGCCAUCGGAGGAGACAGAUAUCCAGGUACCACUUUCAUGGACCAUGUUCUUCGCUACCAAGACACUCCAGGGAUUAAGAUGAUAGUGGUGCUUGGAGAGAUCGGAGGCACAGAUGAGUACAAAAUCUGCCAGGGAAUCAAAGAGGGAAGGAUCACCAAACCCGUCGUCUGCUGGUGUAUUGGAACAUGCGCCACAAUGUUUGCCUCAGAGGUUCAGUUUGGCCAUGCAGGAGCCUGUGCCCACCAGGCCUCAGAGACGGCGGUGGCCAAGAACCAGGCGUUGAGGGAAGCUGGAGCUUUUGUGCCAAAGAGUUUUGAUGAGCUGGGGGAUGUCAUCAAGUCUGUUUAUGACGAACUGGUGGCCAAAGGCGUAAUCAUUCCUGCUCAGGAAGUUCCUCCUCCAACUGUACCUAUGGAUUAUUCCUGGGCUCGGGAGUUGGGUCUGAUUCGUAAACCAGCCUCCUUCAUGACGAGUAUCUGUGACGAGCGAGGCCAGGAGCUCAUCUACGCUGGCAUGGCGAUCACAGAGGUGUUCAAAGAGGAGAUGGGUAUAGGAGGAGUACUGGGUCUGCUCUGGUUCCAGCGCAGGUUGCCACGCUAUGCCUGCCAGUUCAUCGAGAUGUGUCUGAUGGUAACUGCCGAUCACGGACCUGCCGUUUCCGGUGCUCACAACACAAUCGUCUGUGCCCGUGCUGGCAAAGACCUGAUCUCCAGCCUCACGUCCGGCCUGCUUACCAUCGGGGACCGCUUUGGAGGCGCUCUGGAUGCUGCAGCAAAGCAGUUCAGCAAGGCGUUUGACAGCGGCAUGCUGCCCAUGGACUUUGUUAACAAGAUGAAGAAGGAUGGAAAGCUGAUCAUGGGCAUUGGGCACAGGGUCAAAUCAAUCAAUAAUCCAGACAUGAGAGUGCAGAUACUGAAGGACUUUGUUAAGCAACACUUUCCAUCAACCCAGCUGCUAGACUACGCCCUAGAAGUGGAGAAGAUCACAACAUCCAAGAAACCCAACUUGAUCCUAAACGUAGACGGUUUUAUUGGUGUUUCCUUUGUGGACCUGCUUAGAACCUGCGGAGGCUUCACACGGGAUGAAGCAGACGAGUUUGUGGAAAUCGGCGCUCUGAAUGGAAUCUUUGUUCUGGGACGUAGUAUGGGCUUUAUCGGGCAUUACCUGGAUCAGAAGAGGCUGAAACAGGGUCUCUACCGCCAUCCGUGGGAUGACAUCUCCUAUGUGCUCCCUGAACACAUGUCCAUGUAAACAUGUUAACUUGAAGGGGUCUCUGCUUGGAAGCUUGGUCUGUGUUAACGGCGGCCGUCUCCUGUAAUGACAGCUGCUGUCAUGGUACUCACUGUUUCAGAGAUCCUGUUAGACUUUUUCAUUUUACUUUUUCAGAAGGGAAAAAAGGGGAAGGAUAUUUUAAGAUUUAGUUUUUGAUGAGAUAUUUUACAAAUUUAGACAUGUAACUUAUUAAUUAUUUUUUUUGGGGGGGGGG